GCUAAACAAUCACAUGAAGAAGUGAUUGCAAUGCUUCCCCAAUAUUGGCGGCAGUCUAUAUAAAUAAGGUGGAGCGGUUAAAAUUGAAUUCUCUAAGAAUUUGAAUGCCAUGGCUUCUAUUUCUGAAAUUGGUUCAGCGAUUUUUCAAGAUGUUGCUAAUGGAGACCUUGUACAACUUAGGGCAAUUAGGAAAAAGGUUGAUGAUGAGUUGGGAUUCCGCAAAAUUUGCGAUGAAUACAACGAGUUUUCCACUGGCCGGACUGUCUUGCAUCACGCGGCUGGAAUUGGACAUUUUGAUAUUUGCAAAUUCUUGAUUGAGGACGUCCAAGUUCAUAUAGAUGCCUCGACUUACAAGAGGGAUACUCCUCUGGUAGAAGCUGUCAAAGGGGAAAAUGUCAAAAUUGUGGAGUUUCUCAUCAAACAGGGUGCUAAAAUUAGUCUUGCAAAUGUUGAGGGAUUCACUCCGUUGCACUUUGCAGUUCUAAACAAUAAGAUGGAGCUUGUGGAAUUGUUGCUGAUAGAAGGUGCUGUUGUAGAUGCAGAUUCUGUAGAUGGAACACCUUUGCAGAUUGCUGUUUCUCGUGGAAAUGUUGAGGCUGCCAAGGGUCUCUUGUCUCGUGGCGCAAAUCCAGCUUAUUAUUAUGCAGUUGCCGACACCCCUCUUGUAUGUGCAGUCAAGUCUUGCUCAUUUGAAUGCCUAAAUUUGCUUCUUGAGAUGGAGAAGAGAAAGAGAAUCUGCUAA